GGCGGCAUUAGAUGCCCAAGCAGCGGCUGCGGCGGCGGUUUCCUCCAUAGCCGGAGCUCGGGGUGGCUGUUCGACUGGUGGCAGUUUCCGUGUUUGCAGUCGGAAGGCGUCUUUCGGUAUUCACCUUGACACGAAGAGUCGAAGACUAGCCGCCCUUCUGCGAACUGUCUCCCAUAGUCCCUUGGACGAAGCAGCCUCCUCACCGUCGGAGCGAUGCGGCGCGGCGCCUCCGGCCGGCCGUCGGGCACGGAUGGCUCAGACUUUUCCUACCGCAUGGUCGUCGAAUCCCGGUACCAGAGGGUCGCCGAUGGCAGAUCCCGCCUCGCGCGCCUCAUCCUCGUGCAGGCGCUGCACCUAGUGGUCGGAGGCGCGCUUCUGUUGCUGUCGUUGUCCAAGGGGGCGGCGGUGAACAAGUUCGCCGUGCUGUCCGUGGCCGCGGGAUUCGUGGCUAUAGUGGUUGGGGAAUUAGGGCGAAGGCGGACUAUGGCAGUGCUGCUUCGGCUUUACACAAGCUUGUCAUCAAUUGCGGUUGCAUUCUCUGUGACGUGCAUUAUCCGGUCAGAGUUGUUCUUGAAGGUUAUGAAGCAAAACACAGAGGCCAUCACAAGCUAUGAAAUGCUUGAUGCUGUUCGUGUUGCUCUUGGUAUCCUGCUGCAAAUGGUGGUUAUAGCUACAACUACCAGACUCCUGCAGAAUAUGUCUCCUCCCAAGAGAGCUUCAUGAAUGCUGUGACAUUUUAGUUUUGUUUCCAUUAGAAAGGGUACAAACUUCGAGUUAAAUACCGGCCAAGUGCAAUAGUCUCGUAAUGAAGCUGGCAACUGGUGUACAACUUUGUCAGCAAUCAUGGGUUAUUUGUUUCCUCUUUCCUUUUUCCUUUUUUUUUACUUCUUCCCUUUUGCUGGGUAUGAAAAAUUUGUAGUGGUUGACGUGCUUUGCGAGCUAAAGGCUAAUGGAGCAUGUGUUGGUAAUCUCAUUUUUCAUGUUUGUGUC